AGAGUAUUAGACUAUUUUCCUCACAAACAAGCAAUGGCUGUGGAUGUAGCAAUGCAGCUUUACCUAUGCUCUUCACCCUUGCGAAGAGAGAAGUGUGCCUGCAAAAUUACUCCGAAGCCAAGCAAGCCGUUGCGGCCCUGCAUCCAGCUGAGUAGCAAAACUGUGCUGAAUGGACCAGAAGAGGCAGCAAACUCCUUCGCACACAACAAAGUGAAGAAGAGGGUGUCGUUUGCCGAUAGCAGAGGCUUUGCUCUGACGAUGGUGAAGGUAUUCUCGGAGUUUGACGAUCCACUAGAUAUUCCUUUCAACAUCACCGAGCUGAUAGACAACAUUGUAGGUCUGACAACAGUGGAGAGGGACAGCUUUGUCCUGGAUUUUGUUCAGCCCUCUGUGGACUACCUGGACUUCAGAAACCGCCUCCAGGCAGACUGUGUCUGCCUUGAAAACUGUAUGCUGAAGGAGCGAUCCGUUGUGGGAACAGUGAAGGUGAAGAACCUUGCUUUUGAAAAGACUGUGAAAAUCAGGAUGACAUUUGACACCUGGAAAAACUUUGUAGAUUACCCAUGCCAGUAUGUCAAGGAUAUGUAUGGAGGGUCAGAUCGGGACACAUUUUCCUUUGACAUCAGCUUGCCCGAGGGAAUUCAAUCCCACGAAAGAGUUGAGUUUGCCAUCUCCUUUGAGUGUAAUGGGAAGGUGUACUGGGACAGCAACAGGGGCACAAAUUACAGGAUCAUACGAUCAGAACUGAAGUCUGCCCAGGAAGCCGGCCACCCCCCGCGGGGCCCUGACUUUGGCAGCUCCUUUGACCAGUUUGGGAGCCCUCGGUGCUCCUAUGGCCUCUUUCCCGAGUGGCCCAGCUAUUCAGGCUAUGAGAAGCUAGGGCCUUACUAUUGACCCAAGGACUAAGUCCUGACUGACUGACUAUUGCUGGCGUGUCCGCAGGCCUGGGAGCUGGUCUGAAUGUGAGGUGUACAGAAAAGUGGAAGAAGAAUGGCUCUGUGUAGCUCUGCAUAAG